UAUUUAACAUGUCAAGCGUGUGAUUUUAUGCUUAUGUCACAUUUACCCUAACACAUCAUUAUCAUGUCCAAGCUGUCACCUUAGCAGCAGCCAUACUCUUUUAAAAAAACUAAUUCCAACAAACAAAAGUUCAAGUUAUUCAGAUAAUUUAGUAAAAAAAAAAAAAAACACUCUUGGAAGUGGCCUGGACAAACAGACUAUAACCAAAGUACACGAUCAAAGGAGGAGGAAGAGGAGGAGACAGCACUGAACUCCAGAUAAUUGAAUGGGUGGAGCUGUGUGGCUUGGGGAUAACGUGCAGGAGCUGCGAGGUAAAUGCGAAGAGGAAAGUCUGCUGAGUGUUGGUGUCCCGGGGCCAGGAUGGGAGAGCGGUCGAUAACGGACGACUUGGAGCAAUCGCUGGAGGUGCUGUCGACAUUCAGCGAUGACAUCCUGCUGAGGGAGGACGGUCCUCUGUGUGCAGCAGAAAUCGGCUCUGAACUCCAGAAACAGUUUGCCAUCCUGCCAGGGGGCCGCGGGAUGAACGGCAACCCCAUCAUCGUCCUCCCAGAAUUCCCAGACUUUAACGAGCUGGAGGAGGAAGAAGUCCAAAAUGUCCUCGGCUACCUCAGCGGCAUCCCCAGCGUUGCAGCAUCAGGAGUGGGUUUCAUCCUGGUCAUCGACAGACGACUGGACCGAUGGGCUGCCGUCAGGGCUACCCUGCUCCGCAUCGCAGGUUCAUUUCCAGGGAACUUACACUUGGUUCUGGUGUUGCGUCCCACUACUUUGCUCCAGCGGACUCUGUCAGACUUCCUGUUCAGGUACAACAGGGAUGAGUUCAAAAUGAAGGUGGUGAUGCUGAGUUCAGUGACUGAGCUCCAUGCCUAUAUCGACCCAGGACAACUGACCACAGAGCUGGGAGGCACGCAGGAAUACUGCCACGACAGCUGGAUCUCACACCGCACUGCGAUCGAGGCAUUCGCCCUCAUGGUGAAGACCACAGCUCAGACCCUGCAGGCGUUUGGCACUGAGCUCGCAGAGACAGAAUUACCCAACGAUGCCGAGGCCACGACCAACCUACUGCACACACACACUCUGAAGAAAGAUAAAAUGAAGGAGGACCUGCAGGUGGCGCUGUCUCAAGGGGGACGCCUGUUGGAGUGUAUAAACGAGCCUCUACAGACGGAUCCUGAAUACCGCAUGACCUACGAUGAACUGGAAAACUUAGCGACUGUAGAAAGACUCCUGGCUCAGCUGGACGAAACGGAGACUGCAUUCGAUGAUUUCUGGGAGCGUCACAGCACCAAGCUGGAACAGUGUCUACAGCUCCGCCACUUUGAAAAGCACUUCCGUGAAGUGCGCGCCCAGCUUGACGUAACAUCGGAGCGGUUGUCCGGUUUCUCUGAGGUCAGCGUAAGCCCCGCCCAUGCUGAGCACGUCCUGCGAGAGCUCAGCGGCCAUGAGGACAAGGCCUGUGACGCACUAGACCGCGCUCUGUCCCUGGCCAGUGAAGGAGACAUGUUGAUAGAAAAUUCCCACUAUGCCGAGGACUCCAUCAGGCCGAAGUGCAGCGAGCUGAGAGGAGUGUGCGAGGAGAUCAGCUCCACUCUGAGGAGCAAGAAGAGCCUCCUGCUCAGGGCGAUGGAGCUCCUCCACGCUCUGGAGAAGGCAUCACGGUGGUGUGAGGACGGCAUCUUCCUGUUGGCCAGCCAGCCAGUGGACCGCUGUCAGUCUCAGGACGGAGCUGAAGCCGCUCUGCAAGAACUGGAGCGAUACCUGGACACGGCGUCGCUGCACAACCUCGCCGACCGCAGCGCCAUCUGCUGCCAGUAUGAGGUGGUGAUCACCACUCAGCUCAGGGAUCAGGUCGAGAGAGUUUUCCAGAAGCAAAGUUCCGUCCAGGAGAUGUUUGAAAAGAGACGCGUCAGCCUGAAGAAACUCGCCGCCAAGCAGACCAGACCGGUCCAGCCAGUAGCUCCAAGACCUGAAGUGAAGUCUCCACUCUCCUCUCCCAAUCAACAGAGAAAAGAGAGAAGAUACUCUGCAGAUAAUGCCAUCUGCAAAAGGGUGGAGUCGCCCUUACAUAACGGUGGCAUGAGACAUGCUUCUCUCUCAGAAGAAGAAGAAAACCUGGCAGUACUUCGACGCCACGUGAUGAAUGAGCUGCUGGAGACGGAGCGAGCGUAUGUGGAGGAGCUGCUGUGCGUGCUGGAGGGUUAUGCAGCCGAGAUGGACAACCCUGCCAUGGCUCACCUCAUCCCCAGCACUCUGCUGAGCAAGAAGGUCACCCUGUUCGGCAACAUGUCUGAAAUCUACCAGUUUCACAAGAGGACGUUUCUAAAGGAGCUGGAAGCGUACACUGACUGCCCAGAGCUAGUGGGCCGCUGCUUUUUAGAGAGGAUGAAGGACCUGCAGAUCUACGAGGCGUAUUGUCAGAAUAAACCUCGCUCUGAGAGCUUGUGGAGACAGUGCUCUGACUGUGCCUUCUUCCAGGAGUGCCAGAAGAAGCUGGAACAUAAACUUGGUUUGGACUCCUACCUCCUUAAACCUGUCCAGAGAAUCACCAAGUACCAGCUACUGCUUAAGGAGUUGUUGAAGUACAGCAAAGGCUGUGAUGGCUGUGGUGACCUACAGGAAGCUCUCUCCUCCAUCCUGGGGAUCCUGAAGGCUGUGAACGACUCCAUGCACCUCAUCGCCAUCACAGGAUACGAGGGUAACCUGUCGGAGCUGGGUCGCCUGAUGAUGCAGGGCUCCUUCAGCGUGUGGACGGAGCAUAAAAAAGGUCACGCCAAGGUGAAAGACCUGGCCCGGUUUAAGCCCAUGCAGAGGCACCUGUUCCUGCACCAGAAGGCCCUGCUCUUCUGUAAGAGGAGGGAGGAGAACGGCGAGGGCUACGAGAAAGCACCGUCUUACAGCUUCAAACACUCCCUCAGUAUGAGCGCGGUGGGCUUCACAGAGAACGCUAAAGGAGACAACAAGAAGUUUGAGAUUUGGUGUAACUCCAGAGACGAAGUCUUUAUAGUCCAGGCUCCAACACCAGAGGUCAAAACAACAUGGGUGAACGAGAUCCGUAAAGUUCUGACGCAGCAGCUCAAAGCCUGCAGAGAUGCCAGUCAGCAGAAGAGCUCAGAUUCCAUCUCCCCGAGUCCCAGCAGCAACAACACCUCCAUCUCCCUUAGUCCCUUUCGUAGCAGUGGUCAGAAAAACCAGAAGAAGCAAGAGGAGAAGAAGGCGGAGUCGAGCACGAUGUCUGAAUCCUCUUCGUCACCCAAACACAAAGAUGAACCAGUGACCAGUCCGACCACUGACAGGUCUUCAGUGGCUAAAAAGCGCUUUACUUUGCAGGGCUUCAGCAAUCUCAAGAGUCCGAAAGGCUCGGCCCUGAGCCCCGAGCACGGCUCCAAACGCCACUUGGUCAAGAGUGACCCCACUCCGUUUGGGUUCAAAGAGCCGGCGCCCCAUGUCUCUCUGAGCAGAGUCAAAUGGAUGAGCACCUCUAGUCUGUUACAGAGCAAGCGGCGAGGCUGGAACAAGACGUCUCUCUCGGUGGAUGCCUCAGAAGAGAAUGACGGGUACUCCAGCAGCGAGGAUCCCAUGAACUCUGACCCCGAGGACGAAGUAGGGAAGAAGCUGGCUCCAGGAAAGUAUACGGUGGUAGCGGACUGCGAGAAGGCGGGACCUCAGGAGCUGUCUGUUAAGAGCGGAGACAUCGUCCAGCUGAUCAGAGAAGGAGAAGAGGGACAGUGGUUUGUGAAGAACCUUCGCAGCAGUAAGGAGGGCUGGGUGGCGGCAGCAAACCUCCUCAGCCUCAUCUCAGAGUCCAAGUCAUCCCAGUCGCUCAGCAGCUCAGAUGGCAGCGUCUCUGGGAACCUCAGCACUUCUUCCAGCUGCAGCGAGACCUACACCAGCUUCUCCGACAUCAAACCCUGACCUGGAUCCAUCUCUCGCCCUAAAACAAUUUCCAUGUGGAUUUUACACAAACCCUAAAGCUGACCAUGACAGGAGGACGGAGUCAAAGUGUUUCACCACACAGACCUGUACGCGUCACAGUUUCUCGGAUCCGCAGAUGUGGCCGGUGUUUUAGCUGAGUCGACUACACCCAGCGUUUCUGCGUAUUCACAGACGCACACACACAUGUUGGUAGAAUCUUAAGUAUGUACACGAGGUCAGAGGUCAAUUUAUGUAUCAGGGAAAAAUAGUUCCACAACAUACACGCUACAGUCACGUCAGGCCUUGUUUAAAAUCACAUCUCUGUGAACCACAGAGAAAAGCUAAAUGUCUUCAGUCUAAUAUUUAAUCAUUUGCGAUUAUGUAGCAUUAAAGUGGGCAAAGAAUAUCUGCACUGAACUCCUUCAAGUGGACAACAUCCCAGCGUAGCGACAGAUUCUUGUGUGAAACAUCGACAGGUACAGAUACUAUCAGACCAGCAUUUCACGUGAUGCUUGAGUGUCAGACAUUAAUCGCACACUGUGAAAACUGGCAGCUGGCUGCAACAAGAAAGAAUGCUUUCGGUGCAUCUUGGAGCGUCUUCUAAGCAGGUCGCACUUGUAGUGUCGCCGUGUUACUGGAAGUCUUGUCGCCUUUUCGUACAGGAGGUCACAUGCGGGGUGUAGCUUCUGACGGGCCAGGGGUGUCAAAGAUUCAAGAAUGCUGCGUUCCUCCCAUUAGAGCUUAUCUGGUUUCACGGUCUUAACUUAUAUAAGAGUCAAACGCGUCACUCGGUGAAUGUCACCCACAGCACCACCUGGUGGUCGGAUGUCAUGCACUCAUCCAGCUACACGUACAAAUCACUUAAAAGAGCGGCAGCUUGGAACAACUUUUAAACCUCUUUUUCGUUUGUUUUUUUCUUUUCUUCUAAGAGUGAUUGUCUAACUCGCCUCUGAACUGCUCUGGAUUUACCUCUCAGGAAGCCCAAGAAGUUUUGUGGCCAAGCAGGUGUGACUGCAUACCUGCUUGUGUUGACUAAAUGUCUUUGUGUGUGUGCAUUCUUGCACGUGUGUGUGCUUCAGAACGAAUCUUACUCGCGUAUGGCUCUUUAGCUGCAGACAGCAGCUGGAUCAGAGUUACACACAAGACCCUAUUUUAUGAUAUUUUAGCUUAACUACUCAUGCAUUCACCUGCUGGGUUAAUGUUUUGUUGGGUGGAGUUAAUUGACAACCCCCAGUUUAGGAACUCCCUGUUCAGACAAACAGACUUAAACCUUAAUAUAAAUCCACCUUUUUGGUCAUGGCCACUGCGCUCACCUAUCUUUGUUCUGCACUGCAGCAACAAAAGCAGGCUUUGUCCCCUCCCUCUGCUCCCAGCCCCACUCAGGCAUGUGACAGUGGCCUCUUCUCUACAAGCAGGGCUAACCCCAACCUUUCUCAACGUGUUUGCACCACCCGCCCAACAGCAAUAUUUGUUUACUUACCACGAUGGAAUUGAAAAACAAGGUGCAAAGAAAUAAUGGCAUUAGUCUGACUUUUGUGACGGCUGAGUAGGCUAAAUUGGCCCUGUAGUAGAAACCAGGAUAUAGACUGAUAGCACAUCUCUGACAACCAGCUGCUGUGACACACACGCACACACACACACCAUGAUUGUUAUUCUGAACACUGACUGACACCUUUUUUCUUAUGUUGUUUUUCAAAGGUGAACAUGUUUUUUAUACCCUAAGGUUUCUACUCUAUCCACGAGGCGCACUCGUAAAACAAUCUUCCUUUUUUUUUCCAUCUUCAAUGUCGAAUGUGUGACUCUGUUGUUGGAACAGAAAAAGUGCAGCAUGCUGUUACAUUCAAACCAGCCCCAUCCGUUUCUUUCUUUAAAUGGGUUGUAUUUGUCCACCACUGUCUUAACUGUGGUUUUGCUCAAUUCGGUCCUGAUUAGUGCUCGUGAUUGUGAGCUAUUUUUGCCGAGAACAAAUUUUAUACUCGAAUCACAACACGCAUGUCCUCCCUGCGAAAGGAAAGCUUGCAGCUAAACCAGAGAGUAAACUGUGGCCGGCAUUAUGUGUUAAUCUGUGUCAGUUCUGUAAGACUGAGAAAUGUAUGUUACACUUGUACAGAUGUACAUUGUUUUCCUCGAGAGCAUGUACAUUGUGAAGAGGAUCAUGGUUUUUGUGAGUCUGUGUAUCAUCUCUCUUCGUGGCAUGUUCUUCAUAAAACUCUCACGUCAAAGCCCUGAACAAGGCAAGUAUUUUUUACCAUGAACUGUUGUAUUCUGUGAAAGUUUAUUUUCUGCCCUCCUGAAAGCUGACACGGGCACUAAAGUUGUCAGCGUUCUAUCAUGAUCACACAAUAAAGCUUAUUGAAUUAUUUGUACUUUUUGACUUGGAGGCUGGAGAGAUGAGAAGGGUUAUAUUUUUUUGUUUCUUUUUAUGCAGCACAUUGCAGCAACCACUGUCUUUAUUUUCCUAUUGUAUCUACUGAGUAUGGUGUUGAUAUAAAGAUAUUAUAAUGAAACAUAUCUGUGUAUAUUUGUAAAUAUGUAAUUCUGAAUUGUAUGUAAAAUAAAAAGCAGCUUUAAUAAAGUCUGAAAUUGUUUCCUUUAA